AUGGCGGAGGCGGAGGGGGACCAUGAGGCCGACUGGGACGCCUUCCUGGAUAAGUUCCGGGGCCCUGAGCGCUACGAGGGGGCCUUCAGCCCGGAGAACUGGGAGGAGGAAUUUGACAAGAUUCCAGUGUUCAUGAAGAAAGCUCCUUCUGAAAUAGAUCCUAAGCAGAAUCCUGACCUGGCUUGCCUUCAGUCUAUCAUUUUUGAUGAAGAGCAAACUCUUGAAGAGCAAGCAAAGACCUAUAAGAAUGAGGGCAAUAAUUACUUCAAGGAAAAGGAUUACAAGAAGGCUGUGAUAUCAUAUACAGAAGGACUAAACAAGAAAUGUAGUGACCAAGAAUUGAAUGCAGUGCUUCAUACUAACAGAGCUGCUGCCCAGUUUUAUUUGGGCAACUAUCGUUCGGCUCUCAGUGAUGCUAUUGCAGCUAGAAAGCUCAAGCCCAACCACCUCAAAGCAAUAAUUAGAGGAGUCCUUUGCCAUUUGGAACUCAAGCAUUUUUCUGAAGCCGUGUCAUGGUGCGAGGAGGGGCUGAGAAUAGAUCCAAAAGAAAAGAAACUCCUAGAAACAAGAGCUAAAGCUGACCGACUAAAGCGUACUGAAGAGAGAGAUCUGCGAAAAGCCAGAUUGCAGGAGAAGAAGGAACAGGCUCAGAAAGAUGCUGUAUUCAAAGCUAUCAAGGAUCGCAAUAUCAAAUUGUUGCCAGUAUCUUCUAAGGAGGACAACUUAAUAUCAGCAAACCUGGCUGAGAUGUCUUUAGAUGAAUUUAGCUCCCAGAGUGAAACUGGUGCCAGGGUCUGUCUAGAUGAAAAUGGCAGCCUUUCCUGGCCAGUGUUGUUCUUGUAUCCUGAACAUGGCCAAAGUGAUUUAAUCUCUGCUUUUCAUGAGGAAUCCAGAUUUAUUGAACAUUUAAUGGUCAUGUUUGAAGAGCUACCUCCCUGGGAUACAGAAAGAAAAUAUUAUCCUAGUGAAUUAGAGCUUUAUUAUGAGGAUGAAGAAAGAGACAAGAUAUACCAGAUAUGCACCCAAUCCACACUGUUGCAAGCAUUGCAACACCAAAGGUACUUUGUGAAAGCUGGGACUCCUACUUUUUUGGUUUUGGUAAAAUUUGCUCCUUUCUCUAAAAAUUAUUUUUCGGGGAAGAAAGUUCACUGGCUUAAGUGAUCGAAUAUGA